AUGGGCUUGCGACAGGCGGAUUAUCCAACGAAGACGGAUUGGACUUGGACGGACGGCACACCAUUUGAUUACAAGAACUGGGCUCCCAAGCAGCCCGACAACGAUCAUGGUACGGAGCACUGCGCCCAGAUAUACAGCGACUACACUGGAAAGGAUCCGACAAAGGACAACAGUUAUCGGCACUGGAACGACAUUCCGUGUGCAACGACCAUGAGAGCUUUUGUUUGCAAAAAAGCGGCUUUGCAUUGA